GGAGCACACUUGUGUCCACUCAGGCUCUGCGUGACAGGCGACGACUGGACCUCUGCGCGAAUCACAGCCUUCUCUCGAUCCACUUUGACAACGUGGCCAGCUGCUUGCUUGCAAGGAGGCAUCUUCAACACUUCUUGGGCUCAGUUCGCACGGUGAUUUCUGUAGAUGUGGGAACGUUUGCUGAGCUGAGGGUUUUUAUUUGAUCUCGUGGGUUAUUCAUUCGGAGAGCUGAUAGCACAGCAAAGGCAACGUCAUCGGAGUCAACCUUGUCGCUAUGGAUAUCUUUACAAACACGCCGGUCUGCCCGGGGAGAAGCACAGUGAGAUAUUGCUGUUCACAGAGAAUGUCCACUUGUUGACCCAUCCUGUUACACUGCAGACGUGGACACAGACCCACAAGUGCACUCUACAGCACCGCCAGGAGCUCGGUUCGUGGGUUCAACAGAGGUGACGCAAGGACACAUCUUGGCAGAAACCUCAUUUUCACACUAUCAGAUAGUGGACGGCGUCACCACCUCCCAUUCUACGACUGACGACGCCCUUGGUAUGAGCAUGGUGUCCCGGAGUGGCAGUCCGGGAUGUGAAGUGCAUGGGGCGGCUGCCAAAGGAGACUUGAGGGGCAGCUGCCUAUCGUCAUGCGAAGACUCUGCUCAAGGUGGCCGUCUACCCAGCAAUCAAGUGGUGACUGAAGAGGCAGCAGAGACGGUGGAAAGUGAGGGUGAGGGCGAGGACCGAGUUGGGGAGGUUCUUCUUCGCGAUCCAAGAUUCCGCACAGCCUUGCGCUCACACUCGCCCACACGUCGGCAUACCUGGGAACCGGGAAAGCGAGUGUCUUGGGAAGACACAGUUGGCCACCAAAGAGGCUUUUUAAGAAGACCACUGUCUCACAAGCGGAGCUUCAGUUGGUGUCCUGUUAUCUUGGAACCACAGGAGAACACUCACCAUUUACACAGUAUGAGCCUUGACCAGCUAGAUGCAAUGAGCCAGGCCAAAGGGGAGGCAGGACAGUGCGUCCCAGACGGGUCCACCCCAACUCUUCUCGACUUACGGAGGACCCUGAUGGGAGGAACUCGUGGCAAGGGACCCCACCACUGUUUACUCCAGCGAGAUAUGCAGACUCGACAGAUGGAGAACUUCAGGCACAGCAUGAGCUGUAUUGCAGAGGCUAAAGAGUCUCACACACAUCUCAAGAAUGUGUGGAUGCCCAACGCCUCGCUCCGACACCUGAACCAGACCACACCCAUCUCCCCCCUCUGCCGUUCCACGAAACCAGCUGCUGACAGGAUGCGGAUAUCACUGCAGCCAAAUGGUGUCACGGAGAACAGUGCUCAUGCCACUGGCUGGCUUGGUUCCAAGGAAGACGGAAUGCAAGCCGUGUACGGUUCCAAUAUCUCACUCUCCGAGGACAGGGAUGAAGCGGAAACUGGAAGGAAAGGCUCGAAGAAGUCUGAAGAGAAGGGGGGAAUUGGUCGGACCUUCAGUUUUCUGAAGAAUCGCAUGUCCAGCAUCCGUGAGAAGAAUAAGGGGAAACAAAAAGAGAAGGAUCGACUGAAAGAUCGUGACAAGGAAAAAGGGCCACAAAGUGGCACUGGCCACCAAUUUGAGGUGGUAAGCCCUCCACCUAUGUCGGCGCAUUGCCGUUACUGUUCCGCCAUUCUGAAGCACAAGGAAGCCAUGCGCUGCCAGAAUUGCAGCGUGAUGGCCCAUAAAGCAUGCAAAGACAAAGUACCACCCUGUCCUAUGAACAAGCUCAGGGAAAUUCCAAGCCCGAUGCAACUUCCAGAUACAGGGAAGCCUACUUUUGCAACUAUAUCAAUAACACCACAAAGGCGUGAGCGGCCACGCUCAGUCGUGCUACCAAAUGAGGCAGCCGACUUAAUGUUCUCGGACCGAAGUCAUACCUUUCGUACCCCCAUGAGCAGCUCCACACUCUCCAAGAGUGUGUCGACUAUCAACAUGGCAGGCGGGUAUGCGGAUGUGGAUAAGAUGGAUAAAGGUGUUCACACGCUUCUUGGGAACAUGUCCCAGUCCAUUGACUCCCUCGUCCUGGCACACCAGAACAUUGGUGUCUCCAUGGAGUCUUUGACGGAUGAAGGAGAUAUGCACUUGACAAAUUUAAUGUACGACUUUGAGAUGGAACAGAAGCUAUUUGAAGCUGAGUCAUGGAGUGUGGCCAUGGAGGAGAAGUUUGUCAAGAAGCAGAAGAAGGAUAUUGUCAGGAGGCAAGAAGUAAUUUAUGAGCUGAUACAGACGGAGAUGAACUAUGUGAGGACACUGCGUAUCCUGUCCGAGGUGUACCGGAAAGGCCUUCAGAACGAUGUGCAGCUAGAUCAAGUUGUGGUGGAUCGUAUCUUCCCCCGGCUUGAUGAGCUCAGUACAUUUCACACGCAGUUCCUACACACCCUGUUGGCCCGUCAGAAGGACAGCCUGCAGCCAGACAGCCAGCAAAACUUUGUCAUUCAUCACAUCGGAGACCUUCUGCUCGAACAGUUUACAGGUGAUCUGGGUGGGAAGAUGAAGGAUUUGUAUGGGGCCUUUUGCAGUAAACAGAGUGAGUCCGUCACUAAUUUCAAGGAACUUCUGACCAAAGAUAAGAAGAUGCAGAUUUUUGUGCGGAAGCAGAGUAAGAAUCCACAAGUGCGGCGGAAGGGCUUCCUGGAGUGCGUGCUUCUCGUUACGCAGCGAAUCACCAAGUACCCUCCACUCCUCGAUCGUAUUCUCAAGUACACAAAAGAGGGCAUCUCGGAGCAUAUGCACCUGACACGUGCAGUGUCCUCGCUUCGUGCCAUCCUGAGCAAUGUGGAUGAGCAGGUCAGCCAAUACCGCAAGCAGCAGCGCCUAGAGGAGCUGGUUGGGCGCAUCGAGGCCAAGGCGCACACAACCUUCAAGAGUGGCCUUCCCUUCAAUCGCGAUGACAUGGCCGCCAAGGAGCUGAUCCAUGACGGACCACUGGUGGGAAAGAUGGCUCCAGGCCGCACAAAAGAUAUCCAUGCUGUGCUGCUGAAGGAUUGCUUGAUCUUCUUGCAAGAGAAAGACCAGAAAUACGUCUUUGCGUCACUGGAUCAAAUGCCAGCGGCCAUCUCUCUCCAAAAGCUGCUCGUGCGGCCAAUGGCAAACCAAAACUGUGGGCUCUUCCUCAUCAACACAACACCUCCCGAACCUCGGAUGUUUGAGGUUUUUGCCAACAAGCGGGAAGUGAGAAACACGUGGUACACUCUGCUACGGCAGGCUGUUGAUAGGUGCACUUUGGAGAGUAAAAAUUAUAACGCAGAAAUCAUGCCACCAAAAGACUUUCAAGGGAGCAUGGAAAGCUUGGUGAUGCAUGAGUGUGUGCCAGGCGAGAGGCCACGGUCUUGGGCGAAGGUGUCAUCGCCAACUGAGGUCAUGGAUCACAGCCGUGUGAGGCUGUCCUCUGACUACGAGGCAUUGAGGGGUAGAAAUCCAGAUCCAGUACCAACUGAUACCAACACAAACCUAUCUAAGGCCAUGGAAAAUCUUGAAUAUGAAGAGGAUGUGGAGCUGAUCGAUACGUACGUUCGUGGACCAAGUGAUGGUUCAAAUGAUGUUCUGGUGGAGUCAAUGGAGGAGCUUUCAAACAAAAUCAAGAAGGAGCUUCUCCUUGGAACCCGUAAGGAUGCAACUUGGGAACAACUAGCCCAGGAAGACCAAGAAACAGUUGCAGAUUCAGCAGUUGAGGCCAAAUUUAGAGAGGUGCCAAGUGACCCAGUAUCUGAUCACACUAUACCAUUACGCCCAACAGUAGAUCAGAGCUCCCAAACGACUGAUUCGGAAGAGACAAAGCAAGAAAAUAGCUUCGAUGUGUCUGAAGCAUUGUUAAAAGAAAACUGGACUAAACUACAAAAAGAACAAAAAAUACUUGAUGAAGAAAAAGCAAAGGUUGAAGAAGAGAAAGUAAAACUGGCAAAUAAAUUAGAAAGAUUGAGGCUGGAAGAGGCUAAAGUUGAUCAGUUUGCUGUGGAACUGCAGGAGCAAAGGACAUUGCUUGCUAUUGAGAGGGAAUGCAUUCGGAAUGAACGCACUGUGCUGGAGAACAAAAUUGCCAAGUUGAAAGAGGACCCUUCCUGUAAGGUGAUACACUUUCUGGAAAAGAAGGCACUUGAGAGUGACAAUACCGGUUGGCAACAAGAUCUGAUGAAACUUAUUAGUCGCCAAUACAAUCUCAAGGUGGUUACAAAAGAUGAAGAUAUAGAAAGAGACGUGGAUAACGGCAAAGGUGCCGAAAAAGAGGAUGACAGUUCUAUUAUGAUUGUUAAUGUUGAAGAAAGUGAAGAAAAGCGUGAGGAUGUCGAUGUUGAAGAGGAUACAGUGGACACAUGGCAGAAUGAGAAUCAGACAGAAAUAAGUAAAGAUCCCUGUAAAGUAGAACAAGUAAGUGAACAAAAGUUGGAAGUGGAUGAAGAAGCAAAAGACAUGUUUGAGAUGGAAUUGGCAGUAAAUAAAGGAACGAGUUUGGAAUCAACUGACACACACAGAGUAGAAAUAGCCAUAUUAAAAGAGGAUGCUAUUGAAAAUGAUAUGAAAGAAAAUAUUUUGGAAGGUGAAAGAGGCACUGCGUCUCAGCAACUUGAGUCUCAGCAACUUGAGUCAGAAGUAGAAAAUGAAAUAGAAAAUAACACGAUUGCCGAUCUUUUGAUAUUAGAACAGGAAACAGAGCCAGUGUCAAAUUUAUUGCGGCAUGUAAGUGAGAAGGUGGCUGAAGAAAAUGGAUGUGGAGAUUCUGCAGAAAUGUGUGCCGAACAUGCAGCAGAAACUGAAUGUGAUCUGACAUUGUGUGCACAGGUAACAGAAGACACUACGAGUGAGGCUUUGUCAGCAGAGGUAUUUGAGCUUGAAAUUGAUUCUUCAGUAAAAAAACAGCAAGUGACCAGAAGUACAUUCCGCCCAGAUGGCUUCUUAAAAAAGAGAAAUUCAGAAAAACGUGGUAAAGGGUCACAGUCAAGUGAUCAGACUGGUGAUCAGCUAAAUGAAGAGGAAGGGCAAAUAAACAGAGAUGCAGAAGAGCUGGAGACACACACGGAAGAUCAUAGUUUGCUCAAUCCUGAGAAAGAAUUGCUUCAGGAUUUUGAGUCUUGUCAACCUCCUAUGCCGGAAGCGCAUUGUCAGCCUACGACAAAAGCUGAACUUGAUAUAAUCGGCGACUCAACCUCUAACGUCAUGCAUGAAACUGUCACAGAAGACAUCAGUGUGAACACUAAAGAGACAAAGGAAAAUAUGUCUGACUUUGAAACCAUUGAGACAGACCAGGAUGACGGGAAUAAUCAGUCGUCAGAAGCUUCAGAAAGUCUGGUAGUUGAAGAAAAAGGGUCUGAUGUCGACAAUUGUAUGAGUCCGAGUAUAAACAAAGAAGCCACAGAUUCAGCAGGAGUACGGCCAACAGACCAAGGUGAUGAAUCGAACAUAUCUGUGACUCUGAACCAAAGUGAACAAACAGAGCUUGAGCCUCGUGCUGUGGAUAUUUCACCAGUUGAUGGUGAUUUUGUACAAGGGUUGGUGGAUCAGGAUGGAAUGAACUGUGCAGAUGCAGAAAGUCCAAGUGCAGAUUGUGAUUCAGUCGUCGCUGAACUGGCACAGAGUUUGGACCAUCUUUCCCUUUUAGAUUGUAGCCAACAGACAUACCUUUAGAAAGAUUGGCUGCUUGACAAUGAUAUUGGGUUUCACAAGUUAUAUGCUUAUAGUUCCAGCCUUAUCCUAUACCCAUCUGUGCAUUUUUAUAUUGGCUUGCCAUGUAACUUUCUACAUCACAUUCAACAUAUGUUAUGGGGUGACUUAUGUCAAGUCAGUUUGACUACAUUUGUUCUUUUGAUGAACAUGUAUUUUUUAGAAAUAUGAAUGAUAUAUGUAAAAACUUUAAAUCUUAUUUUUAAAUGCUGUACUAUACACUUUCCAUCAUAUGCCACUGUGGCAAGAUGUUUUGAGUCCUAAAAAAAUAAUCAAAUAAUUUUGGUUACUCUAUGGAAUCAAUUACAACUAGCGGUGAUAGACUCGUUGGUUUGCACUCGUAAGAUGCACUUGUUUGUAAGAAAUAUGUAUAAAAGAAAAAUAUUAAUGGUUCAAGCAUAAUAUGUAAAUCCAUAGAAAAGUAAUUACUUGAGGGGCUUUAGAAGUAAUGGAUAAAUUGUACAAACACUAGAUCAAAUGUUUUGUUACAUUUUACAGAUUAGUGUGGAGUUGAUUUAUGGAAAUGUUUUUUUUGCUUUUGAGGGUAAUUGCAGACAACAUCUCUAUAUUAGAACGAUUACUGGUGUUGCACACAUUAUCUCCCAUUUAAAAUUAAUAUUUUGUACAAACAGUAUGAAAUAGUAACGUGGACAAACAGCAAUAAUUAAUGUAUUAUUGUUGAUGGGACAUAAGAGCCAGCUUGUGUUCUGGUACUGAAAAUCACUUCAGUACCAUUGCAUUCUGUGUAAUUGGAUACUGUAAUUGCUUGUGGUUUUGUAUGUACAUUGAUAAUUUCUGAGGUCUUGGACAUGCAUAAUGUCCUGUACAAAACAUGUAUAAACGCCUUUUCAUCCCAUGUUUUAUAUUUUGUAAAAAUGAAAAAUGCUUUAUAUGACAAACCACUUUAUUGUCUUUUUUAAGUAUUUUUGUUGAGUAUUUAUAUAAUUUUUGCUUAAUUUUUCUCACAUACCAAGAAAUUUUUCUGGGUAAAGUUUGAAACUAUCAAUCUGAAGUGUUUUGCAAUUCUACACGUUCCUUUCGAGUUAUAAUUUCACAACAUGAAACCAUAACAUUCUUAAGGAUACACAGUGAAUUAGCAUAGGGUAAGUAAUAUAUAAACGGAUAAUACAAAGCAAUACAGCUUAUCCAGUUUUAUUAAAUCUUAUAGCUCAAAACAGAUUUUCAGAGGAUAUUCUUUGAACCAAUAUUUCAAGACUAUGCAGAGAUCAUUCAGUUACAAUUCAUUAAUGACAACCGCUCUGUUAAUGUAGGUCUUUCUGUACAAAUAUAUGAGCUGUUGCGUGGCUACUGGUUUGUUGGAUUAUAUUAUAUUUUAUACGGAGUGUACACUGAUGCCAUUUUAAUAUACACCAACAGUAUACCAUCUUCCAUUGAAACGUAACACGGAAUUAUAUUCUAUGCAUUUCCAGAAAUGGCGAGUUGGGAUCAUUGGCUCCAACGGGUAACUAACAAUUGCACGUGAACUUUAAUCCAAUUAUCCAAAACAUAACGACCAUACAUAUGUUGCUUGCAGAGAAAUAACUCAUUUGGUGGAGCAGCAAUACUCCAUCAUGUAUCAUGAACUUAAAUCUGGCCAGGUCAACAUCUUAUCAAUCUGAGCUCAUUACAAAUUAUUACCAUUUUUGAGGGAAACUCAUACGUUGCAGUUCAACAUACAUAAUGUGCCCUGACAUGGAAACAUCAGUUUCCCCGCAUAUGGCUUGGAGCCACAGUUAAGAUGAGCAUCACCAACAUAUCUCCAUAACUUGGGGGUAAUGUUGACUUCUAAUACAGUGUCACUUAGCUAUAGUUGCCAACUUAGUUUGAUGAAAAAUGCAAAACCUUGCAGUAACAGUUAUCAGGGAUUACCUAUAAACAUCACACCAAUGGAAAGUGUAUCGAAUCAUUGCUGAGUUUUAGGUAAGAAUUCGUUUUUACUCAUUGAUGGUGCUGUGCAAUUGCCUCUGUGCUUUUUGGACUUUUCUCCGUGCGACUCCUUUUUUAAAGUUCAAGGACACUUCAUCUCAUAUCUUCAGCCGAUCAACUUUUAUUUAAAUUAAUCUGACAUUGGAGAUUCAAAACUCAGGCAAAAAUAAAAAUACCAAAUGAAAACACGAUUUUGCACACAUCACUAUCUUAAUAAUAAUAUUUUUAAAAGCUUGUCCAAUAUUUUCAACAGACCUGAAAUUGUUUACAUAUGAAAACUUAUUCAGUUAAAGCUAAACUUAAAUUAAUGUUUAUAUUACAUUAAAAGUCUAACAGAUUUCAUAUUGUACAGUAAAACAUGUAUGAUAAUGUAAUUCCCUUUUUCUAGUGACUAUGCAUGGUUUUCCUUAUGAUCCCGAAUGACUUGAUUUGAAGCUUUCGUGACUGCAGGAAUCUAUACUCUCUGGUUCUUUCGGUAAAGUCACGUA